AUGUCAAUCGUUGCUCUAAAAAACGCCAUUGCGAAGUUGGUGUCUGGAGGAGGCUCCGAAAACGCUCCUUUGUUGACAAGCGACAGUAACUCUUUGUCUCGAACCGGCGAUGCCGAUUUGUCCUACCAGUCUGCAAGCACUAGCGACGAAGAACGCGGUAAACUGGAAGACAAACGUCAGGAACGCCGGGGCGGACUUUUCGGAUCUAUCGAUCCACGCCUCAUGAGCGAUCUGAUCAUCGGGCUCAGCGAUGGCCUUACGGUUCCAUUUGCCUUGACAGCUGGUUUGUCGUCUCUGGGAGACUCCAAACUGGUCAUCACUGGUGGGUUUGCAGAGCUGGUUUCCGGCGCCAUUUCUAUGGGUCUCGGUGGAUACUUGGGAGCCAAAAGUGAGUCUGAUUACUACCACGCUGAGGUUAGCCAAGAGAAACGCAAGUUUUAUAAUAACACGAACCUGAUAAACCACGAAAUUGAAGAUAUUCUACUGGAAAUUAACCCCAAUUUCUCCGACGAAACUAUUGUGUCGUUCAUCAAAGACCUACAGAAGACUCCAGAACUCAUGGUGGACUUCAUCAUCAGAUAUGGAAGAGGGCUCGACGAGCCAGCAGAAAAUCGCCAGCUUGUAAGUGCGCUCACGAUAGGAGGAGGCUAUUUUGCUGGUGGGUUCGUGCCGUUGAUCCCCUAUUUCUUUUUGCAAAAAGUCGGCUCUGGACUUUUGGUUUCCAUAAUAUUGAUGUCGAUAACGCUAUUCUGGUUUGGGUAUGUAAAGGCGAGCAUAUCCAUGGGAGACACUUGCACUACUCGUAGAAAGUUUAGCGAAGGUGUACAAAUGCUCGCGGUAGGAGGUAUGGCGGCUGGUGCUGCUUGGUUCAUGGUAAGAGUCAUUGAUCAAUGA